GCCGGGCAGGGCGGGGCCUGCAGCGCGCGGCGUCUCCCGCCCUCCUGGGUAGGGGUCGUGCUGCCUUGGACUCGGCUCCCCUCGGGUUGCGGCCAUGGAGGACGAUCGGAAGGAUGCAGUCUAUGGGACGCCUCAGAAAUACGACCCCACCUUCAAAGGACCCAUUUACAACAGGGGCUGCACAGAUGUCAUUUGCUGUGUGCUGCUCUUCUUGGCCAUUGUAGGCUACGUGGCUGUGGGCAUCAUAGCCUGGACCCAUGGAGACCCUCGGAAGGUGAUCUACCCUACUGAUAGCCGGGGCGAGUUCUGUGGGCAGAAGGGAACAAAAAAUGCGGACAAACCUUUCCUGUUUUACUUCAACAUCGUGAAGUGUGCCAGCCCCCUGGUCCUGCUGGAAUUUCAGUGUCCCACCCCUCAGAUCUGCGUCAAGCAAUGCCCAGAUCGCUUUCUCACCUUCCUGAAGGCACGCAACUCUCCUAACUUUGACUAUUACAAGCAGUUCUGCGUGCCUGGCUUCCAGAACAAUAAAGGGGUGGCUGAGGUGCUCCGAGAUGGGGAGUGUCCAGCGGUUAUCACCCCCAGCAAACCUUUGGUCCAGCGGUGCUUCCCAGCCAUCCACGCCAACAAAGGGGUCCUCAUGGUGGGCAAUGAAACGACCUAUGAGGACGGACAUGGCACCACGAAGAACAUCACGGAUCUAGUGGAGGGCGCCAAGAAGGCCAACAUGGUUCUAGAGGCCCGGCAUCUCGCCAUGAAGAUAUUUGAAGAUUACACUGUAUCCUGGUACUGGAUUGUGAUAGGUUUGGUCAUCGCCAUGGUGCUGAGUCUCCUGUUCAUCAUCCUGCUGCGAUUCUUGGCAGGCAUUAUGGUCUGGGUGAUGAUUGUCAUGGUGAUCCUGGUACUCGGCUAUGGUAUAUUUCACUGCUAUGUGGAGUACUCGAGACUGAGCGGAGAGGCAGGCUCUGACGUGUCCUUGGUGGAUCUUGGCUUCCAGACGGACCUCCGAGUGUACCUGCACUUGCAGCAGACCUGGAUGGCUUUCAUGAUCAUUUUAAGCAUCCUAGAAGUGAUUAUCAUCUUGUUACUCAUCUUUCUUCGAAAGAGGAUAUUGAUCGCCAUAGCCCUCAUCAAAGAAGCCAGCAGGGCUGUGGGACAUGUCAUGUGCUCCAUGCUCUACCCACUGGUGACCUUCUUCCUCUUGUGUCUCUGCAUUGCCUACUGGGCCAGCACUGCUGUCUUCCUGUCUACCUCUAAUGAGGCUGUGUACAAGAUUUUUGAUGACGCCUCCUGCCAACUUGUGGGGAAUACCUGCAGCCCAGAGAUCUUCCCCUCAGAGAAUGAAAGCCGCCAGUGUCCCAGUGGCCGCUGCCAGUUUGCCUUCUACGGUGGCGAGUCUACCUAUCACCGUGCCCUGCUGGGCCUGCAGAUCUUCAAUGCCUUCAUGUUCUUCUGGCUGGCCAACUUCGUGCUGGCUCUGGGCCAGGUGACCUUGGCCGGAGCCUUUGCCUCCUAUUACUGGGCUAUGCGCAAGCCCGAUGACAUGCCCGCCUUCCCCCUCUUCUCCGCUUUUGGCCGGGCCCUCAGAUACCACACAGGCUCCUUGGCCUUUGGCUCGCUUAUCCUGGCCAUCGUGCAGAUCAUCCGAGUGAUCCUGGAGUACCUGGACCAGCGUCUGAAAGUUGCACAGAACAAGUUUGCCAAGUUCCUCAUGGUCUGUCUCAAGUGCUGCUUCUGGUGCCUAGAGAAGUUUAUCAAGUUCCUGAAUAGGAAUGCCUAUAUCAUGAUUGCCAUCUAUGGCACCAACUUCUGCACCUCAGCCAGAAACGCCUUCUUCCUGCUUAUGAGAAACAUCAUCAGGGUGGCUGUCCUGGACAAAGUUACCGACUUCCUCUUCCUGUUGGGCAAACUUCUGAUUGUGGGUAGUGUGGGCAUCCUGGCCUUCUUCUUCUUCACCCAUCGGAUCAGAAUCGUGCAAGAUACAGCCCCACCUCUCAAUUAUUACUGGGUCCCGAUACUGACAGUGAUCAUUGGCUCCUAUAUGAUUGCACAUGGCUUCUUCAGUGUCUACGGCAUGUGUGUGGACACAUUGUUCCUCUGUUUCUGUGAGGACCUUGAGCGGAAUGACGGCUCUCAGGAGCGACCCUACUUCAUGUCGCCCGAGCUGAGAGACAUCCUAUUGAAGGGGAGUCCGCAGGCGGGCAAGCAGGAGGAUGUGGAGGAGGAGUAGAGAGUGAGGGGACUGGCAAGCGGCCCGGGCCUCUGGAGACCGGUGGAGGACCUGGAGAGAAACGACGGUUCCACCGAGAGGCCUUACUUCAUGUCUUCCACUCUCAAGAAACUCUUGAAUAAAACCAACAGGAAGGUAGCAGAAUCCUAGACAUCUGCCUCUUGGCCCUCAGGAAGCUGUGAUCCGGUGCUUGCUAAGCGGCUGGGUCAGAGUCCCCAGCUCAUCCGACUUGCCCAAAGUCACAUCACUGCCUCUCUGCUGCCCUCCCUGAAUUCUCAUUUCCAAGGACCUAGAGGAUUUGGGGCAUCUCUUUCCUACGCCCAAGGGCACCUGGGAGUUUUCAGUGGAGCCCUGGGAGGUGGGACAGAAUGGUCCCUGCAGUCCUCACUGGCUCAGAUGGUGCCAACAUGGUGAAGUAACUUGACUUCCAGGGUGGGAAAUGGCCCCAGGAUGUCUGCAGCAAGCUUCUUUGUACUCCGGUGCCCCUUCCAGCCAAGAGGGAAAGACUGGAAGAAAGAGUCUCUGCAAGCAGGCUCAGUGAAGCCCAGCUCCAAGCCCUGCCUGUCCCAGCUGGGACAGAAUUGGAUCUCCGUGGCUGGUUCAGCCCAAGGGCCAACACAUGCAUUUCUCAUUCUUACUACUUUUUAAUCUAGUCGUACAGUAAGGGGUCUAUCUGCUUUCAGUCCAUCAGGCUCCACGGCUGGAUGGAGCUACUGAGUGCCUUCAUUUGUAACCCCACCUCCAGCCUGGGGGUGGCUGGGUCACAGGAAGGAGGAGUGCACACCCAGAACUGAAGGCAUCUUCCUGAUAGAGAGACAGUGUGGGGGAGGCGGGCCUGCUGCAGGGAUCAAGAGUGGUGUGGGGAGCAGCCUCUGUGGUGAGUUGGGUCCUCCAUUAAGUGGCUAAUGGCUUCUUAAUGGAAACUUGAGGCUCCUGGUCCACGCUGGAGAAGGAAUGAGGAAGAGCCUAUGCCCCGCCCUUUCUCUGCCAGUAAUCCACACUGCUGUUUUUCUAAGAGGAGAGAAACUCAAGGUCACCCAAGGGAUGAGGUGGGUGUGUUAGGUGUCCGAGCUAACUAGGCCCGCCUUGUUCUUUCACCUGACACUAGAAUCUUUUUGCCAAACUUCUUGAACUUGGGAGCCAGGUGGCUGACCCCCACUUUACUUCUCAAGCUCAGACUUCCCCCUCACCACUGCUUUGCCUGUCAGUAAGAUGCCAGACUCUUGGAAACAGCCCAGCCUGGGGUCCCUCAGUUUCCUGUGCCUGCCUUGUGUGUGCCAUCCCACUCAACCCUUCUCCUGUGUGCCCAGCCCUAUGCUCAUAACUGCAUUCCAACCAUUUAAUAAAGUGCCUCUUGUACAGA